UCUUAUAUUCAUUCUUCGCCAUCAUUCAUGAUCGUCCAAACAACCAAACCCGUGUUUUAUUCUUUCCUUCCCGUUGUACAGCCACUUCCCCGUUUUCCGGCGACUUUAAGAUGGAAAUGCAAGGGAAUACCGCCGGAGCAGUGACGCUCACACCUUCCAAAUCAAAGCUUUCACACAAGUCAAAAUUGCCUGAGAAUGCCAACCCUAACGUAACUAGUCCUGAUCCGAAGGCAUCAAAAUCCCCAGCAAUCAAAUCGGCGACUAAAGUUCAGAAAUCGGGGUUGAAGAAACCGAAUCAGGUUGCGUCACCUUCUCCGAGGAACAAGAUUCGGGAGAGGAAGUUUGUGGUGGCGAAGAAGAAUUCGAAGAGGGAGAAAUCUAAUACCCCACCAUCCAUCGAUUGUAAGUGCAAAGCUAGUUCUAACUCGAAAAAGUGUUUGUGUGUUGCUUAUGAGACUCUUAGGGCUUCUCAAGAGGGGUUCUUUAAUAUCGGGAGUGAAGUUGCAAAAGAAGAAGAAGCAGAGAAAAACAUGACUGAAAACCAUAACUUGAACGGACUUGAAGAAAAAUUAGGGGAAUGUGAGAUUGUUGAGGCAUCUGGUGUAACAGUCAGUGCAAAAGUUAAGAGAAGAAGGGAUAAAUAUAUGGAAGUAGCAAGACAGAGCAUUCCCGAAGAUGGACGCGGAAGAGUGAUGCAUCUGGUCAAGGCAUUUGAAACUGCUUUGACGUUACCCAAAUCCAAAACGGAUACUGAGGGCGAAGAACAGAACGAGGAACUUGAAGGCGAAGACACCAGAAAGAUUCCGAAAUGGGAAUUGCCCGGGUUGAGACCCAAAACUCCGGUGACUGAAUUCUCUUCUCCGGAUCUUUUCCUCACCCCGGAGAGCUUGGGAUUAGAUUCACGCGCUUCUUCUUCUUCAUCAGGUAGCAGCCAUGAAAGCGUUUCAAACAGGAAUUCUUGUGGUGGGAGACGCAGCAGACGAAAUAGUUCUGAAUCCUCUGCAACUUUUGGUGGUAACCGGGGGAAGAGAAGGACACCCAAAGCCACUCCUCUACAGCCCUUCAAGCUCAAAACCGAGCAAAGAGGAAGAUCCAAGCAAGAAGAGUUCAUGAAGAAAGUACAGGAGAUGACUAUUGAACAAGAAAAACAGAGGAUUCCUGUUGCCAAAGGUCUCCCAUGGACAACAGACGAACCAGAGUGUUUGGCAAGACCACCAGUUAAAGAAAGUACUAGGCCAGUUGAUUUGGUGCUACAUAGCGACAUGAGGGCCAUGGAGCGUGCUGAGUUUGACCAUCAAGUGCAAGAAAAGCUCUCAUUCAUUGAGCAAUUCAAACUGGAAAGAGAAAGACAACAGAAGUUAGCAGAAGAGGAAGAACUAAAGAGAUUGAGGAAGGAGCUUGUGCCCAAGGCUCAACCAAUGCCCUAUUUUGACAGACCUUUCAUCCCAAAAAGGUCAGAAAAGCAACCGACUAUGCCCAAAGAUCCAAGGUUUCGCAACCCUCAGCACAAGAAGAUGAAUCCUGGUCACUGAGAGAGUCGCUUGCGUACUAGAGCUGAGGUGUACAUGAUGAUGCAGACAUGCAGUUAAUGUUGCAAUUUUGGGUUCAAAAUGUGUUUGAUUCUUUGGUUUUUUAUUUAUAUUUGUUAAGUUCUUCCUUGAACUUAUGCUUGUUCAUAGUUAUUGUUUUCUAUAUCUUUUUAACAUGGAUAGUUGUGGAUUCUUGUUGAGUUUUUCGAAAAAGGAAAAACGAUUGCGAUUGUGGUUCUGGUUGGCAGUUUAUGAAAAGGUUAUUUUACUUGUAAAUGUUUG